UAAACACGCCGUUGUGACAAACUCACUGGCUUGGUGGCUCAAAACAUGGGUCUUCUCCAGUGGGUAUUUGCACUUUCUACUCUCUUCUUGCACUUCUCAACCUUCGUGUCCUCAGAUUCUUUGCUUAGAAAAGAAGGGUCGGCUAAAAUCAGAUUAAAUUUCUUGGAAUCAGCUAAAAGUCCAGAGCUUUUCGAUUGGAUGGUCAAAAUUAGGAGGGCCAUACAUGAGAACCCAGAGCUUGGUUAUGAAGAAUUUGAGACCAGUAGACUAAUCAGAGAUGAGCUUGACAAAAUGGGUAUUACCUAUAAGCACCCGUUUGCUGUUACUGGAAUAGUUGGCUCCAUUGGAACUGGAAAACCUCCCUUUGUUGCAAUCAGGGCUGAUAUGGAUGCUCUACCUAUUGAGGAGAAGGUGGAAUGGGAGCACAAGAGUAAAAUUCAAGGAAAAAUGCAUGCUUGUGGGCAUGAUGCCCAUGUUGCUAUGCUUCUUGGUGCUGCCAAGUUGCUUCAAAAACAUUCCAAUAAAUUGCAGGGGACAAUCCUUUUGGUUUUCCAACCUGCCGAGGAGGGAGGGGGAGGUGCAAAGGAAAUGGUCGAUGCCGGGAUUCUUGAGGAUGUUGAUGCCAUCUUUGGCCUGCACGUCUCUUCUCUUUAUCCUGUUGGGACAGUUGCCAUCCGAUCUGGCCCUAUUCUGGCUGGCAGCGGCUUCUUUGAUGCAGUAAUCAGUGGAAAAGGAGGUCAUGCAGCUAUUCCCCAGAAUGCCAUAGACCCAAUCUUGGCAGCUUCCAGCAUUAUUGUCAGUUUGCAACACCUUGUUUCACGCGAGGCUGAUCCCUUGGACUCACAAGUAGUAACUGUUGCAAAGUUCCAAGGUGGUGGUGCAUUCAACGUUAUACCCGAUUCAGUAACCAUUGGUGGUACAUUCAGGGCAUUUUCAAAACACAAUCUCUUUCAACUUAAACAACGGAUUGAGGAGGUUAUUACGAGACAAGCCGGUGUGCAGAGGUGCAAUGCGAGUGUUAAGUUUAGCGAAAAGUCCUUUUACCCACCAACAGUGAACGACGAAGCUUUGCACCACCACUUCUGGAGCGUAGCUGAACGCUUGCUGGGCGCUAAGAACAUUGUGGAAAAGAAGCCACUGAUGGGCGCAGAAGACUUCUCCUUCUUCGCAGAGGCUGUCCCGGGAUACUUCUACUUUGUCGGGAUGGCUAAUGAGACGCGGGGAGAAAAUGUGUUCUCGUCGCACUCCCCUUUCUUUGAAUUGAACGAAGAUGUGCUCCCGUAUGGUGCUGCUUUACAGGCAUCAGUCGCAGCAACAUACCUCGAAGAGUACCACCGAAAAUCAACAACACAGGAGGAAGGCCAUUUCCAUGAUGAAUUGUAAGCUAAGGUAUGUGCUAGCUUUUGUGACACAAGAAACCUUCUGCUUUUAAUUGUUGAUUCAAGUGUGAUGCAUAUUUUGCUCCACAAAUACAUCACUAAUCAAUCUUUCCCAAGUUCAUUCCUUGUCUAAAAGGAACGUAAGUUACCAUCGAACUAUACUAUGAACAAUUAAU